UCUCUCUCUGUGAGUUUAAGCAACUGGGUCUCUACUUUUGUUUCUAUUAUUAUCAGUGUGGAUUUUUCUUGUUAUUAUAUCCGGCCACCAUGGUUUAAUUUGGAACCAUGAAGAAGAAGAAAAGCGACUAGCUAGCCAGCUAUAUUCCCAUCGGGGCUCAUUUCUGAUUUAGUUCUCUUUGUACUUAUAUGUAUCAGUCCGUCUUGGUUCUUCUGCUCUUAGACAAACAACAGAAAAUUUCAUCGUCUCUUUGGUUGGUGCCAAGGCAGAAAACUCUAUCUAGAUUAUUGUUUGUUCAAGUAGGAGUACUUGUAUUUUCUUUUUUUUGGUUAAUUUUUUAACUCUGGAUUAUUUCAAAGGGUAUUACUCCUCUUUCGAUUCCUCUUGCUUUGAUUCCAAAAAUCUUUUUAAUAAUAUGCGAAGAACAAGAUCUAGUAUGGACCAUAAUACUGCAGAAAUCUUAGGAUUCGGGGAAUUUCCAUGUUUGAGAAAAAGAUAGAUGUCUGGUUGGAUCGAUGCUUCACGUCCACCAACAGAAUCACCAUCAUCAGGUAGUGCAGGAAAAUAAUAACAUGUCUAAUUUGAUGACUACUUCUGCAUCUGCUGAAGGCAAUGUUUCAACUGGUACCGCCAAUUAUCUUCCUCAUCAUCAACAAUACUUGGCUCCUCCAUCAUCAUCUUGUUCGUCUCAAUCUCAGCCAGCACUGAAGAAAAAGAGAAACCUCCCUGGCAACCCAGACCCAGAAGCUGAAGUGAUCGCCUUGUCUCCAAAGACUCUGCUAGCAACGAACAGGUUCAUGUGCGAGAUCUGCAACAAAGGGUUUCAGAGGGACCAAAAUCUGCAGCUUCAUAGAAGAGGGCACAAUCUGCCAUGGAAACUGAAGCAGAGAACGAGCAAAGAGAUGAGGAAGAAGGUAUACGUGUGUCCAGAACCAAGCUGUGUUCACCAUAACCCUUCAAGAGCACUGGGAGACCUCACAGGGAUUAAGAAGCACUUCUGCAGAAAGCAUGGAGAGAAGAAGUGGAAAUGUGAGAAGUGCUUAAAGAGGUACGCUGUUCAAUCCGAUUGGAAGGCUCACUCCAAAACCUGUGGCACCAGAGAGUACAGAUGUGACUGUGGAACUCUCUUCUCUAGGAGGGACAGUUUCAUAACGCACAGAGCAUUCUGUGAUGUAUUAGCAGAAGAGAGUGCUUUAAGAUCAGGAAACAACCAGCAAGUUCUUCUCCUUCCCUCUUCACAACCACACUUCAACAAUAAUAUUUCUCAGGAAAUAUCUUCUUCUUCUAGCCUGUUCAGGCAGGUAAUCCAGAUUCCCUCUUGGCUUGGUGGUGGCCCACCCACUAGCUGUGCUAUAGAUCAGCACCGUCAACUUCAUCAUCUUGGCCAUGAAAGUCCAAACCCUAACCCUACUGCUAGCCUAGGUCCCACCACCCCCACCACCGCUGGUCUUCUUCCCGCUUACCAACUUCCAGGUCCAGCGCCUUCUUCGCACAUGUCAGCCACAGCCUUGCUUCAGAAAGCGGCUCAGAUGGGUUCAACCAUCAGCAGAACCGGUUCGCCCAUGCUCAGGACCCACACCAACCCUAGUCACGUGUCUGCUACUACCACCACUCAUCACUCUCCCGCUUUGAAACCUCAAGGUCACGUGACUACGACCAGCUCCGGCCAUGGCUUCUUGUCUCCUUUCUCUUUCUCUUCUACUUCUGAUCAGUUUGCAGGUGCGGCGGGUUCUUUCGAGGAGGCUUUGAUUAUUAAUGGUGGGAUAUUGAAUCCCAAGAAAGAUGCGAACUUGCGCGACGGUGCUCCUUUCAAAACAACCGAUGCCGGCGGCGGUCGGAGUGCUGGGAACGAGGGUUUGACGAGAGAUUUUUUGGGUCUUAAACCUCUUUCCCAUAAUGAUAUUCUCAGCAUGGCUGGUAUUGGAAACUGCAUGAACUCUUCUUCCUCUUCCCUCCAGGAUCACCGAAUUGGUCAGUUCCAAUGGCAAGCUUAAUUCCGACUUAUCACUAUUUAUCAUAUAUAUACAUGAGUAUCUUCUUUUAUAUUUCUAUAUCAAUUUAGAAUUUCGCCUUUGUUAUAAUCCGAAAAAGGCAAGGCACAUAUAUAUAUUGUAAUUCCUUAUUAAGUUAAUUAUUUGACGAAAAUUUUAGUUAAUUCACAUGCAUGGUAAAAUCUUGAUGUACAUUAUGGUAAUAUGCAUAUGUGUGUGUAUUCUCUCA